UCCAAACCAGGAGACUUCAGCAGCCAGUCCUACGCUCCAGGGGGCAAGAGGACCCCCAGCACCGCGGGGAAGGCCAGGGACAAGGACGACAUGGUGGGGCUCAACGACAAGUUUGUGCAACUCAUAGACAAGGUGAAACACUUGGAGAAUGAGAACAAAAAGCUUGACACGAAGCUGAAGAUCUUAAAGGAGCAAGAGGACUACACGGCCAAAGUGGACGAGGUGGUGAAGCAGAUGAAGGAGGAGCUGGAGGAGCAGGUCGUGAACCUGCUCCGAGACCAGAAAAAACUCCAGGACGAACUGGAACAGAAGAACCGAGAGCUGGAGGACACCAAGAACAAGUACCAUGAUGAAAUUCAGAAGAAAAAUGACCUUGAGAAUGAAUUUAUUAUUGCCAAAAAGGAAGUAGAUGAUGGUCACUUAAAGGCAGUAGAUUUAGCUCUGGAUCUGGAGGAUCAGAUGGGUAAUCUGGAUUUCCUCAGAGUUGGAUUUGAUGAGGAAAUCAAAGAGCUGCAGUCCAUGAUCCAGAAUGAAACUCUGAUAAUUCGAGAUAACAACAAUCGCUCACUGGACAUGGACGAAAUCAUAGAAAACGCAAAGAGACAGUAUGCGGAGAUGGCCGUCCGCACGAGGGAUCAGGCUGACCUGUGGAACCAGAAAAAGAUUGAUGAACUGGUCUACACUGCCGGGAAACGAGAGACAGAAGUGCGUGAGUUGAGGAGGGACAUCUCCGACAUGCAGCGCCUGGUGGAGAGGCUCAAAGGAGAACUGGAAACACUCAUACGGAGGGAAGAAUCUAUAAAGAGGGAGAUAGAAACGGUGACAGUGGAAGGAACUGAGGGAUUAGAGCUUGCCCUGAAAGAUAAGGCCCAGUUGGAAGAAGCGCUGAGGAAAGCCAAACGGGAUUUAGCCAGACUUCUGCGAGAACACCAGGAUCUUAUGAAUCUGAAGCUGGCUUUGGACAUCGAGAUCGCCACCUACCGCAAACUGCUGGAAGGAGAAGAGAAGAGGAUGAAUGAAUUUAUGCGCAAUGGAGAUUUCUAAAAACAACUUACUUACACGCAGACGUUCACCCACCAGUGAAGCCACAGCCACCAGAGAAGGAACCUUUGCAACCUUUGUCCGAAGAUACAACCCCCAGCCCCCAAACUACUAUUAUCCCAACAAAACAAAAUAAGAAACGAGUGCUGAUCCGAGUGGAUGUGGAAAACGGGAAAGUUGUCUCCCAAAGUUCCUCUUACGAAGAUGAAGCCUGAGCCACGUUACAUCAAAAUAUCCACAUAUGUGAAGUCAAAAUUUCAGUGUAUUUCAGUGUUUUUAAAUGAAUAAUAUCUGCGAAUUCACAUUUUAAUC